CCUUAUCCAACCAAGCACACGAGUUUCAAUCUAGAGGCUCUAAGGCAUACUUUGCUUCACUUGAGUUGGAGAAGAUCGAUCAACAAUGGCAACGAUGAUUUCUUCAUCUUUCGCACUAUCUUCCCUCUCCAAUCAUGUUAUCUCUUCGAAGCUACCAUUCGCAUCCUCCAGUAAUUACUUUAUCCUCAAAUCAAAUACCCAGUUUAGACUUCGGAAAUGCACACCCAUUUCACUUUCCUCAAUGAAACUCCGAAUUCAAUGUCUCAGGGAUACAAGGGAAGAAGAUCCAAAGUCUAAAGGAUUAGAAUGGCCUAUCUUACGUCGAUGGGAUGUGCCUUGGAAAUGGCAGACUGUUUCUCUAACCUCACUUGCAUGUGGACUAAGUUUUGUUUUGACAGGUUUGAUUGAAUCAGCAGCUAUUCCUUAUCUUGGGAUUCAAGUUGAUGAACUUAGUUUAGAUCAGAAAGCUCAAAUACUGUUUCUUGAUCAAUCAAUUGUGACUGCAGUUGUGCUAGGAGUUAUAUUUACUCUUACAAAGUCAUCGGAAACGGACUCUAAUGAAAUAUUUCGCUACGAUUUUAAGGAACCAUUCAAUCUACAAAAGGGUUGGCUUUUGUGGGCGGGCAUUGGACUUGCUGGUGGUGCACUAACGAUUGUGUUAACAGGAGUUGUGAUGUCAUUCUUUAGUAGCGAAGCACCUCAACGAGAUGCUGAUGCUCUUGUUCGAUUGCUUCCAUUAAUUGGAUCCUCAAACAUCAGCACUGCUUGUUUGUUAGGCAUUACGGGUGUUCUAGCUCCUGUGCUGGAGGAAACUGUUUUUCGAGGAUUCUUUAUGGUUUCCCUCACCCAAUGGUUGCCCACACCAUUAGCUGUCUUUAUUAGUGCUGGAGUAUUUGCAAUAGCACAUCUAGCUCCUGGAGAAUUCCCGCAACUCUUCUCUUUAGGAGUUGCUUUGGGAUUUUCGUAUGCACAAACCCGAAAUCUUCUAACUCCUAUCAUGAUACAUUCUCUAUGGAAUUCGGGUGUCAUUCUGUUUCUCACAUUUCUUCAGCUACAAGGUUACGACAUCAAGGAAUUGCUGCAGGGAUCGUGAGUGUUUAGCGAAAAAACAUAAGAAUGUAACUAGAGAGUCCUUUAAGUGUCAUAUAUAUAUGGCUAUAACUUUGCUUCAAUGAAUGAAGGAUUCUAUACAUUUUGUGGGAGAUUGAAAUGAAAUUGUUAAGGAUCAUUCUUGAUAAAUUAAGUUUUAGUGUACUAAAUUUUGCA